UCACAAAGCUUCGUCUCAGCCUCCGUCUGCACCCCAGCUGCACCUGUCCCUCGGAAUUGGCUGCCCGCGUGCAAAGAGGCCGCGCCAUCAAGCAGAGCUACCUACCCACCUACUCAUCAACAUUCCCUCCGUUGCUCGCUGCUCGCUGCUCGUUGCUCGUUGCUCGUUGCUCGUUGCUCGCAUCACACCUCCACCAGUCGGCACUCACCCACCACACACCACCUUCGAUGGUCGGCCCGUGCGGUGACGCGACCCACAUUGCCAAUGUGAGCAGCACGACGAGGCUCUCGCCAGCGAUCGACCAUGACUUCGGACUACAUCAAUAUUCCGAAUUCAGCCUACGGUGGCAGCCAGCCGGGCAGCGAGUAUGAUUUCGACAUGACUACACAGCCGCUGCUGAACGGCAACGGCAAUGGUUACACCCCAGGCUCCACCGGUGCUGUCCAGACCUACUCUGCCCUCGAUGCAAUGAUGCCCUCGCCGCCUAUGCAACAGAGCAUGCAGGAUGGCCAGUCGCCAAUGAAUGGGCACCACCAUCGACUGAGUUUCGGCAGCAAUGGCUUUGGAGCAUUGGCGAGAAACAACAGCUUGGGUGGUGGCUCAGAUAUCACAAGCCCAGAUGCAAAGGCGCAAUCCACUUCCGCCCCCGAGACAUCAAUGGACAAUCACCAUCUGGGAAGCGAGGGCAAUGAUGCAGCGAACCAGGCUGCGGGCGGUGCAGGCACAGCGGACGAGGCGGCUCUCGGGGGCUAUCCUCCGGCAUGGAGUGAGCUCAAGACCAAAGCGGGCAAGGAACGCAAACGAUUGCCACUGGCUUGUAUUGCUUGCAGAAGGAAGAAAAUACGCUGCUCGGGCGAGAAACCAGCAUGUAAGCAUUGUCUGCGAUCGCGAAUCCCAUGUGUGUACAAGGUCACGACCCGAAAGGCGGCACCACGCACCGACUACAUGGCCAUGCUGGACAAGCGUCUCAAGCGAAUGGAAGACCGCGUGAUCAAGAUCAUCCCCAAAGAUGACCAAAGCAUCAUUACCAGCACGGGUCGCGCAGUGGUCAAACCGCCUUUGCCUCCUGCUCCGCCCAAAGCUCCUGGCUCCAAGAAAAGAGGAGCUACAGAGGCCUUCAGUCAAGAACUCGAUGAGUGGGCGGAAGCCAAAGGCCAGACGUCUGCCAGCAAGAAGGAUCCGGCCCACGCAUCCGCCAACGAAGCCCAGGCCGCAAACGAUGCAGACGAGCAUAAUCUUCUCCGUGAAGGGCUCGACAAGCUGCCGAGCAAGGAGUUGCAACAACACUUAGCCGAGGUCUUCUUUGACUAUGUCUAUGGACAGAGCUAUCAUCUCCUUCACAAACCGAGCUUCAUGCGAAAACUCGCUCAGGACCAAGUACCGCCCGUGCUCAUGCUCGCAGUGUGCGCCAUGUCAGCACGUUUCUCCAACCAUCCUUCUGUUCGCACGGAGCCGGCGUUCCUGAGAGGCGACAAUUGGGCAACAGCAUCACGGGAAAUCGCGUUGAGGCGCUUUGAUACUCCGAACAUCACUAUUUUGAUUGUCUAUCUCAUCCUCGGUCUACACGAGUUCGGAACGUGCCAAGGUGGCCGUAGCUGGAUGUUUGGGGGGAUGGCACAACGCAUGGCAUAUGCGCUGCAGUUACAUCGAGAUCUGGAUCACGAUCCCAAGUAUCGCUCGCAGCCUGGCGAAAACGAGCUCACAUUCACAGAUCGCGAGAUACGCCGGCGGACCAUGUGGUCCUGUUUCCUGAUGGACCGCUUCAACUCCAGCGGGACUGAUCGGCCGAUUUUUGUGGGCGAGCAGUACAUUCGAGCACAGCUGCCUAUCAAAGAACAGUAUUACUACAUGGAGAUCAACGGACCAACGGAAGACCUGGAAGGCAACGUGCCACACCCUGUUGAACCAGGGACGGGUCAGAUGUCCAAUGCACGAGAUAACAUGGGCGUGGCAGCUUACCUGGUUCGACUCGUGUCUAUCUGGGGUCGGCUCAUUGCCUAUCUGAACCUUGGCGGCCGUGAACGUGAUCAACAUCCCAUGUGGCACGAUGGCUCCAAAUUCCAAGGUAUUCGACGCGCAACAGAAGAGUGGAAGAAGGGCUUGCCCGAAUCCUUGCAAUAUAGCGCUGAGAACCUUCAGAAUCACGCCUCGGAGAAGAUUGCGAACCAGUUCCUCUUCCUGCAUAUUGUGUAUAACCAGAUCCUGCUCUUUAUGAACCGAUUCGCGCUGCCCGCUUCGGGCUCAUUGCCAGCUCUGCCCAAGGAUAUGCCCGAAGACUUUAUUUCCGAAGCCACACGCACCGCUCUUGACGCUGCUAACCAAAUCUCGGUGCUCAUUCACGAGGCAUCGGACCACCUCGUAGUGGCACCCUUUGCUGGUUACUGUGCAUUCUUCAGUAGUACAGUGCACAUUCAAGGCGCAUUCUCCAAGAAUGCUGCUCUCGAGGCUUCGAGCAAACAAAACUUGGCAUGGAACGUCAAGUAUCUCACCAAGAUGAAGAAGUACUGGGGCAUGUUCCAUUUCGUCACGGAAAACUUACGAGAUCUGUAUCGGCGACAUGCGGAUGCCGCACGGUUUGGUGUCACUGCGGGCAGAGAUGGCGAACAAGCCAUCUUUCAGUAUGGUGACUGGUUCGACAGAUAUCCCCACGGCGUCAGCGGUACUGACUACGAAGAACCGAGCGCUGGCGUGAAGAAGGAGCCUGGCGCCGAUGCCGUUCUCGGUCAGAAAAGUGACCUGCAGACCGUGGAGCAGUUCUUCAGCAAGCUCAGUCCUCCGAGUCGCGCCGCGCAUUUGGCCGCACAGCAGCAAAGCGCGAAACGAGCGGUGAAGAAGACGCGGAAGUCUGUGUCGGAAGGCAGUAAGCAGAACUCGCAAACGGCCAGCAGCCAGCGGACGACACAGCAACCGCAGGUGCAGCCACAGACAACGUCUGCGGAGCAAAAUGGACACCCGCAGUCCAUUCAACAACAGCAAGUGACUCACGAUCUUGCUGCGAAUAUCAACGCGGGCUUCGCGCAGCACUCGAUUGCGUUUCCACCAGGAUUUCAGCCGCCACACAACCCGUUGAUCAUGACACCCCCGCAGCAAUUCAUGUCUCAAAUGGAUCGACAAAUGGUGCUCAACUCGUAUGGCAACCCUGGUGGUGGCCAGUCUGUCCUUGGCAACGGAAGCAAUGGGAACGUGAAUUUCGACGAUUUCGACUUCAAUACAUUCGCCCACAGCGGUAGCCAACAGAACAACAGCCCGAGUGGAUUCUGGGGCGAUCCAUCGACCGCGUGGUUCAUGCCCUUUAAUAUGGAGCCACCCAUUGUGGGAAAUGACAACAAUCUCCUCAGCAAUGGCAACAUGGACUGGUCUAGUAGCUUGGCCGGCUUUGGCGACAUUGCUACCAUGCCUGCUACUGGCCUCUCACAUAGUGAUGGCAUGCCUGGCGAUCAAAAUGGGAAUAUGGACUGUAAAUAAGCCAUUUAGCGAAGAUUUGUACAAAGAUGUAGUAUUUCUGGGGUGAUAUUGGCCUUGUUCUCCAUGGGUGGAGAAGGUCGCCAUCACACGUGGAGUUUUUGGAUUUUCACUGCUUGCUGGAACCACCUCAUUGUGAGGUGAAGCUUUCAUGAUAGAGUCCUCGAGUGGGAAACAAGAGACCAUGUAUAUAUAUAGCUCUCUCCGACCGCUUUAGGGAAAGCCACGACAUGACACGAACGGCAAGGUAGCAGUGCAAUGUGUACACUGAGCCUUGAACCGUGCAUCAUCAAA